AUGGCAGCUUGUGCGUCGUCCCUCGCGUCCGCCGCCGCAUUUCAAGGCGUCUCCGUGCCGCGCGCCGGUCCUCUCGCCGCAGAAGGUGGCUUCCCCCACUCCGUCCUUCGACGCGCAGAGUCGCUCCCCACGCGGGGGUACCGAGCGGUGCGCGUGCGCGCGUCGUCGCGCGCGGAUGACAGCGAGGGCAGCGGGGUGCAAAAUGGCGCGCGCGCGGUUGCGGAACACCCUCUCCGCGCGAAGCUCCUCUCCCGGCGCAGGCUCUUCGCGCUCGCAGGGCCUUUCGCGCUGGCGCUCGCCGGUUUCCCGCGGAUCGCCCGCGGUGAAGGGGAAGGUGCUGACGUGGCAGUGCUGGAUCCGCCUGCUGAGGUCAUUGCGGAAGUUGCGCCGGCUGCUGAGCCCGCCACUGUGGAGCCAACGCUGACUUCAGACGCGGCCGUCGCGGCAGAAGCGACAAACGCGAAUGUUGCGCCUCAGCAGCAGGAGCAGGAGCAGGAGGAGGGGCAGCAGCAGUCCUCUGGCGGCGCGUGGUUGGGCGCGGCGCUGCUGGGUGCGGCGCCAGCUGGCGCGCUGGGAUUCGUGCUGCGAGGGGAGCGCGCGCAGCGGGAGGCGGUGGAGGGUGACCUGGCGAAGGCGCGGGCAGCGCUGGCAGCAGCGGAGCGAGGAGCGAAGGAGGCGGAAGGGGUGAAGGCGAAAGCAGCAGCGGCGGCGGCAGCGGCAGCAGCAGCUGAGGCGCGCGUGGGGGAGGCGGAGAGGGCUCGGAGGGAGGUGGAGGGGAAGCUAGGGGAAGAGGCGGAGAGAACCAAGCGGGCGGAGGAGAAGGCGGGUCAGCUGUCCACGCAGCUCUCCCAGCGGCAGCAGCAGCUCGCAGCAGCACAGGCCAAGGCAGAGGCAGCAGCAGGAGCCGUCUCAGCCGCCCAAAAGGCGGCUGCCGGCCUUGCUGCCGACCUGGAAGCUUCCAGGAAGGAGCGCGAGGCGCUUCAGCAAGAGCUGGUGACCGGGCGGGUGAAGCUGCAGCAGAAGAUUGGCGAGGCGGUUACCGCAAAGGGUGACGUGGCACGGUUACAAGGGAGGGUGAAGGAGCUGGAGCAACGUGGGAAGGAUGCGGCUGCUGAGCUGGAUGCCAAGUCAGCGCAGCUGAAGGAGAGUGCUGACGUGGAGGCCCAGCUGCGUGCUGAGCUGGUGGAUGCUCAGGGUGCGCUGGCGAAGGUUGAGAGUGACGUGGCAGCCCUGCAGGCUGAGCUGGCAGGAGAGAAGAGCACGGCGCAGAAUAAGGAGGAGGAAAUCCAAUCUCUGCAUGCUGACGUGGAAUCUACCAAUGCCAGCCUGGCAGCCGCCCAUGAGUCCCUCGAGUCGCUCCGAAAAGAUCUGGCCUCUGCUCGGGAGGAAGUUUCCCAGAAGCAGCAGGCUGUAACCCAACUGGAGCUCGACGCCGAGACCCUCAAAGGCGCUGUUCGGGCAGCUGAACGGGCAGCUGAAGAAUCCCGCAGCCAGCUCGCUGCCGCCCAGAAAUCCCUCGCGGAUCUCCAGCAGCUAGCGGACGAGGCGGAGGCUGGAAAGCGGGCGGCGGAAGACGCGUUGGAGCGGGAGCAGCGGGCGGCAAGCGCCGCCGUCCAGGAGCUGCAGAUGCAUUUGGCAACAUUAGGGCGGGAGAGGGAGGUGGUGGGGCGGCUGAAGAAGGGGGUUGAGGAGGCGGGGAGGGUGGUGGACGCGCUUCAGGGGGAGACUGAGGCGCUCAGGGCGGAGCUGGGGGAGGUGCAGAGGCGGGAAAGGGAGGGGGAGGAGGCUCGGCGGGGAUUGGAGUCCCAGCUCUCAUCGCUCUCCGCUGAGCUGGUGGCCGCGCGGGAUGAGGCUGCCAGGCUGGCUGCGGAGAAGGAGGCUGCUGAUGUCAGCAGGGCGUCAGCAGAGCAGAAGGCGCAGGAGGUGCAGCAGCAGCUGGACAGCACAUUUGAUGAAGUUUCAAGGCUGAAAGGGCAGGUGACGCAAAUGACCCGGGAAUUGGAAGCGGGGGAGAAGAAGUUUGAGGCGAUGCUGGAGGUGAGGGCGGAGGCAGCGAUGCUGGUGGAGGCUCUGGAGGACCAGGCUUACGCCGAGGCCAAGGAGAACAAGAAGCUCAAGAAGAGAAAUGCUGAGCUGGAGGAGUCCAGCAAGGCGGCAGCAGCGGUGGCGGAGGAGCUGGAGACGGUGCGGGCUCAGCUGAAUGCCGUACAGCAGGGCCGCAUGGUGGGGUCGAAGAGUGAACAGGGGGAUGCGCAGGCCUGA